UGGCGGUCGUUUAUUUCCAUCCGCGCGCCCGUCUUAAGUAGGUGGUCAUAGUAGAAGUGCGAGUCUCGGCGCGUCUUUCUCUCGUGAUUUCCGUUGUUUUAUCGCAUCGCCGGCGUCAUCAUUAUUGUGUUUAAACAUCCGCGAAUUUUAUAUUUCUGUGUUCUCAUCUGACGGUUACUUUUUUGUCGGUAACUGAGGGAAAAAUAACAGUGUGCUUACGAAAGAAUUCGCUAGAAGUAUCACGAACAGCAAACCAACUGAACAAGAAGUGAAAUUCCUAGAGAAAAACUUAGCGAAGAAGUUUUCCACAAACUUCAUCCAGUUACGACAAGGAGUACAAUGAAUCUACAACUGAAUCGAGCAAUGAAGGUUCAACUGGUGGCACUAGCGCUGAUGGUGACCGUGAACGUGGUGAACUGCCAACAACAGAGCGGAAACCAGGUACGAUUAUUUCAGCCGGCUGCCAAGGCUUCCGGAGUGGCAGUGGACGACCGUGGUCCUGAACCGACGAACGAGGGAUCUCGAGCCGAUGCAGCGAGGACGCUGAGAAGCAGCUACAAUGCCGGUUCGUCCAACGAGCGAUUAUUUGACUUUGGACUGCUCGGACGUCCCUAUUACGGUAAUCGAGGCUACUAUCCCAGUGGAGGCUACUACCCACAAGGUGGCUAUUACCCGCAGACUGGCGGUGGAUACUACCCACAAGGAGGAUACUAUCCGCAGGGUGGCUAUUAUCCCCAAGGUGGUUACUAUCCGAACAACUACCCGGGAUACGGAACGAACACGCUCGGUGGAGGUCCCUACGGUGGGUACGGCGGGUACGGCGGAUUCGGAGGUAACGGAGGGCUGCAGUCCUAUCUGGGCUACAACGGUGGCAAUUAUUUCGGUAGCCGGAAUCUAGGCUUUGGCUACUAUUCCGGCACCAACCCAGCCGGGAUAUCGAGUUCGAGCCUAGUGUCCGGUUACCGAGGUUAUAACUGAACUGGGUGGCCGGCUUAUUAGUGUUUUGUGAUGUCCCGCUACUGCUGCUGCUGCUGCGGCUAUAGGGUUGUGCGUGUGUGCGCUUUUGUGCUCGUGCCAAUAGACCUUUACAACUGUGUAACGUUACCGAGGUGAACGGAUGUAUGCCUAAAUUGUGAUAAUUCUUUACGUUUAACGAAUCAAAGUACCAAAGUGCAGAAUAAGCUAAUCAGAUAAAUUUAUUGUUUUGGAUUUACUGCGAA